AUGGAAGGUGGUGCUGCUUCAGAGAAACAGAAUGCAGCAGGGGAAUCAACAACUGCAUCGUACACAUAUUGGGUGAGAGAGGUCACCCAAGAUGCUGCCCCUCUUCCAGUUCCUCGGAAGCUAACUCCUCAGGAUCUUUCCAGCCAUUCCCAGUCUACUAACCACCUCGGUUCUGCCUGGAAUAGGGUAGACGAGAUCGGUAGUGAUGAUUAUGAAUACGCAGAGGAUGACUCUGGAAUGGCUGAAACUCUGAUUGAGGCUGGAACUUGGGAGGAGAAGAAUUUAAACAAAUGGGCGAGUGACAGAAUUAAGGAGUUGCUUCAAUCUGUGGAUUCCUUGGAGUUUUCGGGUGGCAGAGCUGAUAUUACAGAAGUAUCGAAAUGUGUGGGCGAUGCAUUCUUGGUGACUGUACGGAAAAAGAAACGUGUUGGCUACACUUAUGAGCUGACACUGAGAGUCAAAGGGGAAUGGUUUAUUGGUGAGGAGAAAAAGAAAAUCAAGGGCUAUAUAGAUCUGCCAGAGUUCUCGUUUGGGGAACUGGAUGACUUGCAGAUUGAUGUAAGACUUGGUGAAGAGGAGGAUCUUCUGCAUCAAGAUAAGCUGCGAAUCAGCAAGGAUUUGAAGCUGUUUUUGCAGCCUGUGUGUGAAAAAUUGCGUCAAUUCGAACAGGAACUCAAAGAGAGGUAG